AUGACUAAAGCAAUUUUGGCGAAGUCGGCUUCAACGAUAGAUUGGAUGAGGGAAAAUGGGCUAGAAACUGAGCUUAAGGUUGUGGACAACUUUAUUAAAGCGGGCGGCACAUUAUUAACAGAAACAACUGGUAACAAAAUUAUUCAAGAAAACGGUGAAGUCGUUGGGAUAGAAGUCACUAUUAAAGGUGAGAAAAAGGUAUUAGCGACGAAAGCAAUAAUUUUAGCUGAUGGCGGAUUUGUCGGUAAUCAAGCCGAACUUGCUAAGUCUUGUUCAAUCAAUCCGGCUGACCUUUAUUCAAUGGGGGAGAGAAAGGCAACUGGAGAUGGCCUGAAAAUGCUUAAAGAAGCAGGUGGUGUGAAUAAUUAUAAGCGGAUUUUUGAAAAUCAUGCGGCGACUGUUUUUGCUAAACAUAAUCCGAAAUGGCAUAACCAAACUAUUUUUACCUUAACUUGUUUACCUUUCUUGUGGCUUGACCGUGAGGGCAAGCGAUUCACGAAUGAAGACUUGGUUUAUGAUUUUGCCCUUUGGGGUGAUACGGUUUAUGCCAAUGGCGGAUAUUAUUACUUUUUAUUAGAUCAGCAAUUAGUCCAGUUUUUAAAAACUAAGUCAUUAAAUUGGACAAGUUCAUUUGAAAGAACCUUUCGCUUACUAGAUGGCAAGCCAAUGACACACCAAGUUGGACCCUUUGCUACAAUUGAAGCAGAUUUGCAAGAAGCAAUUAGUGAAAAUGCUGCCUUUAAAGGCAAUACAUUGACUGAAUUAGCUGAAAAAAUGAAUGUCAAUGCUGCAAAUUUAACACAAGCACCGGAGUUUAUGUCUAUUGGGGUGAAACAAGUGCCAUUUUAUGCUGUUCGUGCUAAUUCGACAACGCUAGGUACAGUUGGAGGAGGCCUAGUUAAUGAGAAUUUUGAAGCAUUGACUGAAGCACAUGCAGUAAUUCCGGGUAUCUACGCUGUUG